AUGGCUCUCAGGGAACCCGACGGAACUAUGCGCAUCCAGAAAGACCACUUUGUCUACUGGAUGGAUUCCGAUAAGGACAUUCCCAGAGGAGAUCUCGGCUGGGUCAGUCUUACUCGAGGCUUCGAUGGAAAAAUCGGAACACUUUUCCCUGGCCCGGAUCGGACAAUUCGACCGCAUCCGUGGCAAGGCGACCUGUCACAUGAGAAUCUCUACAAAUCCUGGUUCCAGAAGCAGACGUGGGUUCACGUCGCCGAUGUGCCGGGUGUGCCAUUCUCGGAUAUUGGCUAUGUGUACGAAUACGGUGGAGGGGACGUGCAGGUGACGAUGAAGGAGAACCUGAUUCAAGCACCGCCGGAAUGUAUCCACCGAUGCGACUUCCAGCAUCGCUCUUGGGUGCACAUCCUGGACCACCCUGAAAGCGAACUUGCGAGCUUUGUGGGCUUUUACAUGAAAAAUGGCAAGAUUGCUGCGUACAGCCCGUCAGGCAAGUGCGGCCAGUACGACCCCCACGAGUUAGCCCUGGCUCGCGUGCAGGAGAAGUCAUGGAUUCUCUCGGAGCAGGGCGAGGUGGGUGUUGCCCGCGACACAGAGGAAGGGAAGGUUGUCGUGCGUUUCCCAAGUAGCGGCAAAGAGGAGGAGCCAAGAGAGGAAGCCUUCAUGCCGAAAGAGGUCAAAUUGUCUCCCAUUCAACCAAAAAUGUUCGUGACCUGGACUGGGCAUGAUGACGACAUUCCGGAAGGACAUGUGGGAGAGGUCUAUGACCUCAAAAUGAAGACUGCACGCAUCAAUGUCCGCUUUCCCAAAGGUGAUUGGGACUUCAAGGUCACGGAGCUAGUACCUCACAGGCUCCAGCCCGGGAAGUGGGUUUGGUGGAAGUCCUCGGAUGAGGACAUCCCUGAAGGUCACAUCGGAGAAGUGAUCAAAUUGAGAAAGGAGAAGAUCGCGGUGCAGUGGCCGAACAGCUGGUGGAGCAUGAAGCCUCACCAAUUGGUGCUGCUGCCAUUUCAGAGAGGCGAUCGGGUCACGUGGAAGGGCGAAAGCACCAACAUCCCUAAGGGUACCAUCGGCACGGUCCUCGCCAUUUGCUAUCACCGCAAGGCCGGCGAUGAUGGUGCAGGCACUAGCCUCUUCGUGUACUGGCCUGGCUGUGGCAGGCGUGUAAUGAGGCCCGAUUCGCUGCGGAGCGCGAACUGGAAUUCGCAGAGCAUCAACCGCUUGAAGGCAACCUUCGGCCGCUUCGACCGAAAUGGCGACGGCAAGAUCUCCGAGGAUGAGUUGGUCUCCGUUUUGUCGAGCUUGGGCGACUUGUCUGAGAGCGAGUGUCGAGAACUCUUCAAGACCCUCGACAAGGAUGGCAAUGGCAAACUCUCUGUAGCGGAGUUCGUGGAUUACGUGUUCGAGGAUGAGGACCGCUACACUGGCGAAGGGCUUGCAAAGCAGCUUGGUAUGGAGAAGCCACCAACGCCUGUUUCAAAGCCGCAAGAGGCUCCGCCCGACGAAGGCUCGGGAGGCUUCAUGUCCCAAGUGGGCUCUUUCUUUGGGUUCUAG